AUGGCGCUGCAGGCGCCGCUGGGGCGCUUCUUCACCCUGACCCCGUCCUCGAAGGCGCGCUCCGCCGACGCCACGGGCGACACCACCCCGCCCUCGGCGAGCGACAAGCUCAAGCGGGCGGCGGCGCCACCGGCCGCAGCGCCGAAGGCAGAGGAUGCCGCUGUGGGCGGCGCGCCCGAGGCGACCGACGUCAUGGGCACGGGCGAGGCGGAGGCACCCCACGCCGAGGCCCUGCUGGCGGCGGCGGCGCCCGCGGCGCCCGCGGCGCCCGCGGCCCCUGCGCCCGAGGACGGAGCGCCCCGCGACCUGGGUGCCACGCUCCAGCAGUCGCGGAGGGGGGGCGCCGGCACUCUGUCGCCUUUCAUCGCGGAGUGCUUCCACCACCACGACGCGGGCAAGGACUUCGGAGACUACGCCUGGCCCUCCUGGCUCACCCCCCAGAAGCUGCGGGACCUCGAGGGUCGUCGGCCGGAGGAUCCGGCCUACAAUCCGGGUACGCUCUGGAUCCCGGACGCGGCGCAGCAGAAGGCCGAAGGCCACGGCACGCCGAUGCUGCUGCAGUACUGGAAGCUGAAGAGUGUCCACUUCGACAAGAUCGCGCUGUUCAAGGUAGGGAAGUUCUACGAGCUCUUCUACUACGACGCCUUCGUCGCCCAGCACAUUUGCGAUCUCAAGUGGAUGGCCAGCGAUAAGAAGCCGCACGUCGGCUUCCCAGAGAUGGCCAAGCACGACUACGCCAAGCGUUUGGUAGAUGCCGGGUAUAAGGUCGUCGUCGUGGAGCAGGUGGAGCGCGUCCAGGAGCAGCAAGAGCGCAAGGGGGAGAAGGGCGAUGGCCCGAGUUGCGUGCAGCGCGACGCUUGCGAGGUGUACACUAAGGGCAUGCUGGUAGACCCGGAGAUGCUCGGCGGAGCGAGCGCUCGUUUUGCAGUCUACCUGCACUGCGAACCGUCACCGAACACUGUGGCUCCUGGCCAGAAACUGCCCUUCGCGGUGUGCAUGCUGGACUGUGCGACGUCUCAAAUUCAGGUCGGGAGGAUGCAGGAUGGUCCUGACCGGAAUGCGCUUCGGACGCUGCUGGCGCAGGUGCAGCCUAGCGAGAUCCUUUACGAUGCUGCGAACCUUCCUGCCGACGUCCAGAUGAUCGUGAAGAGGCUCCCGUGCCAGCCGCAGCUGAGCCAGCUCCAGGCCUAUUCGGCGCUGGCGGCGCGGGACAGGCUGGGCCGCUACCGCCAUUCGCACCCAGACAAGCUCACGCCCGCGGUCGAGGAGGUGCUGCAGCAGGACAGCGCCGCGGUCGCGACGACGGGCGUCAUGAAAUACCUCGAGGAGACCCUGCUGGCGCAGCGCGUGCUGCCCUUCGCCACGUGGGAGGUGCUGGGGACGCUCGGGCUCGGCGGUGCCCCAGCGGAGGCCGAGGCCUUACCGGCCGCCGCUGGGCGCCGCAUGGUCCUGGACGCCGCCGCGCUCGGCGCCCUCGAGGUGCUGGAGACGCUGGAGGGCACGUACUCCGGGAGCCUGCUGCACUUCCUGGACCACACGGCCACGCCGGGGGGCUUCCGCACGCUGAGGCAGUGGGUGUGCGCGCCGCUCGUCGAUCCCGCAGAGAUUCGCACGAGGUCCUCCGUCGUGGGGUUCCUGAUCGCGCAACCCGGCCUCGCUGACCAGCUGCGGGCCGACCUCAAGAGAAUGGCCGGCAGCCAGGCCCAGAGGCAUCACGACCUGGAGCGAGCCACCUCGCGCGUCUGGGGCUUCGCCGCGCAGUCCUCCCGCCACGCGGUGAUGUACGAGGACACGACCGCCAAGCGCCUCGGGGACUUCAUGGCUCUGCUUGACGCGUACGAGCAGGGAAUCCAGAUGCUUGCGAAACGGCUUCCUGCGAAUGGCGUGCAGCUGCCGGAGCGCUUGAGUCAGAUUGCGAGGACCCGGGCUGAUGGCGGCAGCUUCCCAGAUCUUCAAGAGGUCAUCACGCGCCUGAGGAACAGCAUGGUCGAGGGGCCUGACCCGAAGACCGGCAAGAUGAAGUGCCGGCCUGCCCCAGGGGCAGACGCCGAGUAUGAUGCCGCCACCGCGAAGAUCAAAGAAAAGGAGGCGUUGCUGCACAAAGAGCUCCGUGGGAUUCAGUCGAAGCACCCGAAGGUAAGUUUCGAGUUCUUCCACCGCCAGACCUACCGCUACGAGGUGGAGGUCGAGGAGGGGGCGCUGCCGGAGGCGCUGCUCUCAGGCGUGGACGUGACCUUCCGCAACAAGAGCAAGGUGCGCUUCCAGACCGACCGGAUAAAGCAGUUCGUGCAAGAGAUGGAGCACGCCGAGGACGCGCGAGAGGACUGCAUAUUUCCUUUCCUGUGCAAGCUCUUCCAGCAGUUCCAUGCCUAUCAGGCGCAGUUCCGCGCGGCCUUCCGCCUGCUGGCGGAGCUGGAUGCCAUGCUGUCCCUGGCAAAGGCCUCGGCGGGCCUGCAUGGGAGCACCUGCCAGCCGGACAUUGUGGAAAUCAGCGACCCCGCCGCCACAGGGACGCUCGAGCUGGUGGAGUGCAGACACCCCGUUGUGGCAGCGAAGAUGGGCAGCUCCUUCGUGCCCAACGACACCCUCCUGAACGCGAGGGGCGUGCCCGGCUGCCUGGUCGUGACGGGCCCCAACAUGGGCGGCAAGUCCACGGUGCUGAGGCAGACGUGCAUCGCCGUCGUCAUGGCGCAGAUCGGCUGCCGCGUGAACGCGGCCACGUGCCGACUCAGCCCGAUGGACCGCAUCUUCACGAGGAUCGGGUCCUACGACGCGCUGCUGGAGGGCAAGAGCACGCUGCUCACGGAGCUGGAGGAGAACCGCGGCUGUUCUGGCCCACGCGAGCAGGCGCUCCCUGGCCGUUCUCGACGAGCUGGGCCGCGGCACGUCGACCUUCGACGGCGCGGCCAUUGCCUCCGCGGUGCUGGAGGAGCUGUCGGAGCGCGUGGCGUGCUGCGCGCUCUUCGCCACGCACUACCAUCCCGUCUCGCGGGAGGCAGUGCAGCGCAAGGGCAUCGCCCCCUUCCACAUGUCCGCGGAGGUGUUGGGAUCAGAACAGAGUCUGGUCAGCGUUCGGUUCGGCCGAGUCUUUGA